GUGAAGAAAAAAAUGUAGUUUGUUGUGUGUCAGUUUCGCUUCUUUAGUUUCUGAAUGAGAUAGAUCGCUGUAGACACAAAUGGUUCGAAAUAUAUUUGUUAUUUUGAAAAUAGAUAUUAUUUUAUUUGAUAAGUUGCAAAAGAUUUUUAUUUAGUGUUCUUUAGAUCGAUGUUAUAAAAAUUGAUUUAAUGAGCUUUUUAGUUGGCGGUGCGAUCAGUUAAUUUUUUCUCAAAUAAACAUGUUUAUGAAAAAGUAUCGUUCAGAUUUCUAUCUGAAAGUGCACAUGAUAUGUUCAGAUUUAGAAGCGAAUCGAACUUCUCCUAUGUAAAAACAGCAUUUUAAGAUUAAAAUGUGAAGAUGUCACUAAAAAAUUAAUAACUUUUUUACUUAAUAAGUGAAUGGUAGACUGUAGUUAUUAAAUCAUGGAAACUACAGUAGAAAAAGAAUUUAGUGCCUUAGGUGGAUUAUUCCAACAUAUACUAUCAGAUUUAAAGAAUAGUGCUCCAGUUUGGGAUGAUUUUCUACUUAAGGCUAUAAAAUUUCAGGGACAGCUUAAAUCAACCAUUCUUGCAUCAACAUCUUUUCUGGACGCAUUUCAAAAGAUAGCCGAUAUGGCCACCAAUACCAGAGGUGCUACUAAAGAAAUAGGAUCUGCAUUAACGCGUUUAUGUUUAAGGCAAAGAAGUGUUGAAGCAAAGCUGAAAAUAUUCUCUAAUACCAUGCAAGAUGGUCUGAUUAAUCCACUUCAGGAGAAAAUUGAAGAAUGGAAAAAGAAUAACUAUAACCUUGAUAAAGAACACUCAAAAGAGUUCAAGCGAGCAAAGCAAGAAUUAAAAAAGAAAUCGUCUGAUACCCUUCGACUUCAAAAGAAAGUAAGGAAAGUGGGUGUGAUUGAUAUAAGACGAACUCUGGAUUCUGCUCUUCAAGAUGUAACCGACAAAUAUCUUCUACUUGAAGAAAUUGAAAAACAAUCUGUGAAAAAAGCCCUUAUUGAAGAGAGAAGCAGAUUUUGCUUAUUUGUUGGAUAUUUGCAACCUGUUCUCGAAUCUGAGUUGGUCAUGCUAAAUGAAACCAAUCACAUAGAAGAAAUCAUAGACACUCUUUCAAAAAUUACUGUAGAUCCACAUUUAUUACCUUCAUCUAGUGAGCAAGUGAUUCUUGAUGCUAAAAAAUCUGAAAAUACCUGGUCAUUUCAUGUGACUCCCCCUGGUUCACCUGGUUCUUUGGGUUCUCGAAAAUCAAGUUUUUGUAGCAUAAGCAGUAUUAAUAGCUCUUCCAGUGGGAGCUUAAAAUCACAUUCAUCAAGGAAACUUUCUCAUUCUCAUGUUCAGACCUUAGGGAGAAAGCAUUUAAAUAGUGUUGCAUCUCAAGAUUCUGGAUUUACUUCUCAAGACACAUUGUAUGUAAAUAACCCGUCUGUACCUGUCGAACAUUCUUCUCAGCUUUCUACAUUUCAUGAAUCUGAAACAGUAACUUUCAGCACGCCAUCAUCUCCUGUACCUCCUGUUACUUCUACAUGGCCAAAUUUGAAUGACUCUGAAUCUCCAGAAAAAGAGCAAAAUAGUGCUUUAACCAAGUACCAUAGACCACAUACUAUUUCUUCUGCUUAUGAGAAGUCCAAUCAUUCAAGACCUGCUUUAACAGUUCACACAUUCUUACCUUUGGACCAGGAUUCAGAUUUUAGAAGCAACUAUGGUACUGUUGGGACUUUUAAAUCUUUUGGGAAUAAGUUUAAAGAUCGUAAUUGUGCUAGUCAACCUGGAACUCCAAUUUACAGUAAACCAUCAUUGCCAGAAAGGAGUUAUGACACCUAUAAAGCAAGGCCAUGUGUACCUGAAAAGUCUGCAUCAGUUAAAGCCAAGCAUGAAAAACAUUAUUCAGAAAUAAAUAAAAGCCUCCCAGACUUCAAUAUGAUCCCUGCAGAUCAAGUUGUGCCACAUCCUAUUUAUGCAAACACUGGAGAUCCUACUGGCAGAAACUCAUCACGAGAAGAAAAAAGACUGAGCAAAGCUGAGACAAAAAAUGAUCAACGUAAAAACUUUGCUGCUGUUCUGAAUGAGGGUCUUUUGAUGCAAUCAAAAUGGUCUCGUGCUGAGAAGUCUUGCUUUUCUGAAGAUGAAACAGCUCCUACUGUUCCCAGACAUAGCCGUUUAAAUGGUGGCAAUAGUGAGACACUCCCUCGCUCUAGAGGUAGUAUUUAUGAAGACCAAAUUUUAGAGUGGCAAAUGAAUUCUUUGCCAGUUUCAUGCAAUGAAGAGUUUUUUGCUCUUAAUGGAAUGCAAAGGAGGCCUAUGUCAAUUGCAGGUAUGUCACCUGCAUUUAUACCACCACGUAAAGCUAAUACUUUACAAAGGGUAGGUUCAGCUGCAGGUUUCAAGCCUCCUACUCCAGUGCGACGUUCAUCUUCCAUAACUUCUACUUCUUGUCACGGUACAGUAUUUGAAGGUUCUUUGAAAAAGAAUGAUAGCUCCCAAUCAUUAAGCUCUGGAGCAGGUGAAGUUCGUUACUCCCCCAGUCUCAGGGAGCUUAAGAAGAGCCACUCAACCCUAUCUUCUCCCAUAGAAAAGUAUGGUUCUUUGAGACAUGUUGAAAUUAAUCCCAGCCCUGAAAGAAAUAGUGUUUGUUCAACUCCCAGUAGGGAUUCUUCAUUAAGUUCUGACAGCAGUAUAGUUACUGAUGUAUCAGACAGCAGAGCACGUCUAAUACAGGACCUUAAUUCUGCUUUAACGCAGCAACCAAAACCACUCUUGAAGAAGCCCCAACAGGAUGCUGCACCUAUUGUGCCACCUAGAAAUACUUCAAAGAAUGAAGAUCGGAGAAAUAUUUUCUCAAAACAUGACACCACGACUGCCAGUGAAAAUCUUUAUUCUCAAAUCACAAAGAAGGAAAAAUCUGCUCAUACAUUUAAUGCCAAACCUAUGUUGUCCCAGAACAUCCAUAAACAAUCUAAUACUAAACCGCGUUUGAAGGAUUGUCUGUCACAGGGCGACUUGACACGUUGCUCAAGAGAGUGGGUUCGCUCGACUGAAGAGAAAAACAGCAAUGGACAUAUAUCGGACAAUGAAAUAAUAUUGAAAAAAUCAUUUGUUGCAGCAUUGAAUGCAAGAUUGGCAGAGCAUCAGAAACUUUCUGGCUUGGAGUCUCAGGAUGAUGAUAAGCCUCAUAUAGCUCCCUGGUUAAAGAAUGAUAAGAUUAUCCAUUCUUGGAAUUCUAGUUUUCGACGCUUAGCUCCUCAAAUUACAAGGGAGUCAUUGAUGGACCAAAUUAAGCGUGGUAAAAGGCUUCGGAGAGUAACUUGUAAUGAUCGCUCUUCACCUAAGUUUUCAUGACGAUUUUUCGUGGUUUUCAUAUGCCACAUGUAGUUGGCUAUUUACAAUUCUGGUCAAAUGCAAGCAAAUGCUUGUCAUAUUGUUUU